AUGUCUGACGAUGGCUCCGAAGUCAACGACCCUCGCCUUAUCCCAACCUCAUCCACCCCUCCACCUUACUCUGACCGCCAGCCAUCCAAAGGUGCUGCCGCCAUCCUCCAAUUCUGGCUCGACGACCAUGGCGACAGAUCCCUCCUUUCCACCCUCACUGAUCCCGAGUUUGCCGCGCAAUUUGAGAGUGAAGUGGAGGGGGCAGAUGACGUCGAACAAGUCACAGUUUGGGCACAAGAAGCGCUGAGCUUUCUCCCGCGCAAGGCGCAGGCUUCUAUGCUAUCUGGUCUUAGCGGUAUGUCGGAAGAAGUUGAAGGUCUCGCCUCUGGCUCGCGGCAGGAGGAGUUCCAGCAAUUCGUCAAUUCAGCGAUGCAAGACCCGCAAUGGAAGGCUCUUGCAGAUAGCAUGUGUGGUGGGCAUCCUUUGCCGUCGGUACAAGAGACUAUACAGCAUUUCAAUUUGGUUGAGACUUUGACGGAAGCUGUUCGGCAGCUAGAGGUGGACCCUUCUGCAAGGGCGAGACCACAACGCAAAUACACUGCUGAUACCGUCACUACCAAUAUGUCUUCAGUCUUUGACGCCGAUGGCUCCGAAGACACACCCAUGGCACAAUCGCCUUUUACUGAAGAUUUGGAAUACGAUGAAACCGAUGAACAGGUGAGACAAGGAGUAGAGGGCAAGGAUUUCUUAUAAGCUGUCGUGUUGUCUUGACUUAAGAUAGCUAGCUAUCCGGUACACAUGUAUAGAAGGC